GACGGCUCACAAGUCUAUGUAAACUUUAGCUUGAUGAAAUGGAAGGGUUUAAGGCUGUAUUUGGGUAGAUUGCAAGCUGUUUUUAUUUUUCGUGCAUCCGUUCUGCAAAACGUCGUACAGGUUAUAUUAAUAAUACCUUCCAUUUUACUUCAAAAGGAUGUAAACAAAGCAUACUACGACAAGAACUUGUCUCAUGAUAACGUUAAUUAGCCAGCUAGCUUAUCAGCUAAUAUAGCCUACUGGUUAUCAGGUAGUGCUACCCAUGGAACAUGAAUGACGUUAGCGGGAUGUCCACUGUGGGCAUGACGCAGUUUGUUCCCUUGUCAUCAGUCGAUGUUUAGCUGGUCGUGAAACGUCCUUUGAGUGACGAUCAUGGAGGGCUCGGACAAUGCAGAACAAGGUGGCAGCGAUCAGUCGGAUUCCCAACGGAGACGUCAGCUGGCCCGCCUGGACAGGGAGGAGGCCUUCUAUCAGUUUGUCAACAACCUCAGUGAAGAGGACUACCGAUUAAUGAGGGACAACAACCUUCUGGGCAACCCCGGUGAGAUCACAGAGGAGGAGCUGCUGACCCGCCUGCAGCAGGCGAAGGAUGGUGGGCAGCGUGCGGCCACAGGCGCUGGCGCCAGCCCCAGCCCCAGCGCCAGCCCCAGUGCCAACGCAGGUGCCAACGCAACUGCCAACACAAGUGGCAGUGAAGCACGCAGGCCUGAGGCCUCUGGAGACCUUGAGGGCCCUGAGGAUCCCUCUAACGGUGAUACCCUCCUGGAUUGGCUCAACACUGUGCGUCGCACGGGCAACACCACGCGCAGCGGUCACCGCGGCAACCAGUCCUGGCGUGCGGUGAGCCGCACCAACCCGAGCAGCGGGGACUUCCGCUUCAGCCUUGAGAUCAACAUCAACCGAAACCUGGCGGAGCAGCAGACGCAGACAGAGGCGGCAGAGCAGGCCGCAGGUGGUGCGGCAGCACCGGAGGGGCCCAGUGCUGCCGUCGCUGCCGCCGUCGCCGCCGCCAGUGGAGCAGAGGCCGAGCCAGGAGCAGGCGCCGAGCCAGGAGCAGGGGCCGAGCCUUUAGCAGAGGCCGAGCCAGGAGCAGUCGCCGAGCCUUUAGCAGAGGCCGAGUCUGGAGCAGAGGCAGAGCCUGAAGCUGUGGCCGAGGUAGAGUCUGAGGCCCCUCCUGAGGCCAUGGAGCUAGAGGAAGAGCCGGUUGUGGAGGAACUGGCGGUGAUCGUGGAGCCGGAGCCGGAGCUCUCGCCACCCGUGACCCGACCUGCCAGCCCGCAGCCCAUCCAGGUGCCGGAGUCGGUGCCCUUGCCGAUCCCAAUUCCGGUUCCCGUGCCGAUCCCCAUCACCAUCCCUUCUCCGCACUUGCAGGCGGCAGCCGUGGCGGCGGCGAUGGCGUCGGAGCCCCCCCAGACGCGCCGGGGCGUGGUGCGCCCCCGCAGCCGGAGCCCUGAGCAGCGUCGCACCCGCGCCUGCACCCGCAGCCGCUCCCCGCUCAGCCUGGACCGCAUGGACGGCCUUCCCCCCGCACCGCCCAUCCCCGAGCCCCCUCUGCCCCCGCCCCCACCCCCGCCCCACAUGGAGGGCAGCUCACGCACUCGCCAGCACAUCCCCUCCCGCCACAUCACGGUGGAGACGACGGACCACCACCACCACCACCACCAUCACCACCACCACCAGGCACCCCUGGCUCCCCCGACCUCAAUCACUCAUGCCCCCGAUGCCCCCCCGGCUCCUGCCCAGGAGGAGGAGCCAGCGGGUGGGGAGGCCGGCGCCGGACGCAGGCCCCCCACCAUCAUGCUGGACCUACAGGUGCGUCGGGUCCGGCCUGGCGAGUACCGCCAGAGAGACAGCAUUGCUAACCGCACCCGCUCACGCUCCCAGCCCGCUAGCAACAACAGCAGCAGCAGCAGCAGUAGUAGCAGCAGCAGCAGUAGUAGUAGCAGCAGUGGAGCCAGUAGUGGAACAGGAAGUGGUAGUGGGGCAGGCGGCACCGGUGGUGCCGCGGGCAACAACACCUUCCUGUAUGAGACGGAGCAGGGUGGCUUCCGUCGGACAUUCUCCCGGUCAGAACGGGCCGGCGUGCGUACCUAUGUGAGCACGAUCCGCAUCCCCAUCCGACGCAUUUCUGACGCGGGGCUUGGCGAGGCCACCUCCGUGGCCUUGCAGUCGAUGAUCCGCCACAUCAUGACGGGCUUCGGCGAGCUAAGCUACUUCAUGGACUCCGACUCGGACUCGUCCGACUCGCCCCGGGCCAGCGGGCCCACUACGCCCUCCGAUGGCACCACGGCGUCAGUAGCCGGUGCUGCUGCUGCUGCCGCGGCCGUCGCCGCUGCCACGGGUGCCUCUCAGGCCCAAGCUGGUGGCUCGCAGGCCGAGGAGAGGGACAGGGAGGGGGACGACGCGGACUCCCCAGCGGCUGGCGUCGGCGGCGUGGCCCCAGAUGGCCGCGGACGGGCCCGGGCCCCGAUCAGCCUGGAGGAGACAGGCUCGCUGCCCUUCCUGCGGCUGGCGCACUUCUUCAUGCUCAACGACGAGGAUGAGGAGCAGCCGCGUGGGCUCACCAAGGAGCAGAUCGACAACCUGUCCACUCGCAACUUCGGCGAGAGCGACGCGCUCAAGACGUGCAGCGUGUGCAUCACCGAGUACGCACAGGGGCACAAGCUGCGCAAGCUGCCCUGCUCGCAUGAGUACCAUGUGCACUGCAUCGACCGCUGGCUCUCGGAGAACUCCACCUGUCCCAUCUGCCGGCGUGCGGUGCUCGCCACCACCAACCGCGAGAGUGUGGUCUGAACGACCCUCCGCGACUCGCGACUCGCCCCUCCGCGACUCGCCACUCCGCUCCGACGACUCCUCCCCCCUCCGCUCCCCUCCUCCCUCCUUCGUCUGUCUCAGACUAACACCACCCUUUAUUUUCUCUAAACUCUCUCUCUUGCUGCUUCCCUGAGCCUGGGUAAUGUUUGCUACCCAGAGGGCCGGUCUUCUAUGAUUUUAAAGCAAUCAGUCUGCUUAUUCUCCCAUCUUCAGCAGGGGUUGGUACAUCAGUGGGGCGGCCGAGUGGGGGAGACCCACUGAGCUGAUGCGAGAAUCCAGACCUCAGAAUAUUCAUCAGUCGUCUGUCUUAAAGCAUCUUUCAGUGGAUGAUGUGUUUGCAGGGAGUUGGGGUAGGAUACCAAGAGGAUGGGGGAAAAUUGGGGGAAAUGGAAUUCCCCAAAAAGGACCACAUGUGUUCACAAUAAAGGACUCGUAGACGGUUCAGCUCAACUAGUGAAGCGCCCUAUCCCUCUACAAGCUACCGGUUACAAGGUGCUGAAGACAUUAUCCCAGAGAGUCAGAGACUUUGUGUGUUAAAAGGAAAUGUGUGUGUGUGUGUGUGUGAGAGAGUGAGUGUGUGUGUGUGUGUGUGUGUGUGUGUAACUUGAUUUUUAAGUUAAAUAUCAUUGGAGGGAAAGCAAGCCCAGCUACUUAUGUGACACAAUAGUGUAAGAUUUCGGUGUGCAGUCACAGUACUAACCUUAUGGGUAAUGUUGCUUCCCUACCAAGUCAACUGUAACUUGAGAGUGCAAAAGUGUUGUAUUCACACUUGAGACCAAAUGCAAUCUAAUAUUCCCCUGAAAUCCAUCAUCGCAGAGCAGCAUCUAUUUUAUUUUUUAAAUAUGAUUGAAUGUCUGGUGGCAUGAAGCCAAAAAGGCUUCUUGCAAAUGGGGGCAUAUUUAAAAUCAUUCCGUCAAAAACUUGUUUUGAAACGUACCCUAUAAUGAAUGUCUCGCCACCAAAAAAAUAAAAAAUAGAAAUGUAGAAAAACACAACUGUUAAGUGUUGAAAGUACUUAAAACCAUCAAAUGACAUUCUGAUGAAAAUAACAGUGAAGAAACAGGGACAUUGCAGACAUGUGCCCAAGAGUGUGGCAGUUAGCGCUCAAACGUGUCAGUCUUUCCUCUUAACUCUGUAACUGUUUGCAUUUUUUCCCGAGUCUGAUGCAACUGCACUCAAGUGGAUUGAGAGACGUUACAGCUUCACUUAACUCAAGCUGUACUGGUGCAAUAUUUACAAACAGGAUAUGGGGAGGGAUAAUGGAUUCAACAAGAAGAUGGGGUGUGGCGUGGGGUAUACUAGACCUUUUUUUUUUCUGUCUCUGAAUGAUUGUUAGACUGUGAUUAUUCACACGUAAAUAAAGAAGUUACUCCGAUAUGUGAAUGGCCUCCUGCUGUGGAAUCAGUACCGCUUGGACAGGAGGUUGAAAUUAGGCUACAUACGUUUUUACAUUUUUAUACUUGUUCUCACUGAGUUACACAUGCAGUUAGUCAUUGGCCAGUAGUGUUUUGCUGCGUUGUUGGUGCGCUAAAAAAAAGUCUGUUAUUGGCUAACAUCUCAGUUAAUGGUGAACUUCACUGCUCCAGGUAUUUUUGGCAAGUGUUGCUUAGAUGUUAAGGGUGUGGUGUGUAAUAGUAGAUCGUCAUCCAACUCGUUACACACAGGAGUCACAGAAAGGGACUAACGCAGUCAGUCACAGACAUGUUCUCCUCGGUGGAUGGACUGAUUGGUGUGGUGUGCCUGAUGGUGACCAACUGCAUGAAGCAUGAUCAGGCAAUUUUUCCUCAUGGGGUGUUGGACCCGCUCAUGCGUCGAAGUCGAUUAGUUGACGUUACUGACACUUAACCUAUGUGAAUUGUGUAUUAAAUAAAAGGCAUUCAUUGGCA